AUUCAUCACCAACGAUUGGUUUUAAUAAUUUUGGAAUGGAUUCGGCUAGAUUAAUUGGUAAUCAUAACUCGUUGGUACCUGAAUCUGCUCAUAUAAGUCAAUCAAGACGUGGAAGUGACACUUCAACAAUUCGUCUUGAAAUGAAACCUUCAGUACAAACUAGGGAUGUUAUUCCUACUUGUCGGAACACUGUUUGUUCCUGUUCGAAACCAGAACCAG